GCCGGCUCAGGGGCAGAAGCAGCUGAAACCGGUUUGGAUCUGGAGCGAUAGAGUGGAUCACGGAACCGAGAUCGGAGUUGGAGCUACUGGGAGACGGUGUGGAUUGACGUAUGGUUGAGAAACAAAAAAAAGUAGAAGAUGAGGUGUUGUAAAGUACAGAGAAUCCUCUGUGACCUGUAGCCUGGGAUCAGGAUCUGAAUCAGAAUCGAUUCCAGAUCCCGGAACCGAAUCAACCCAAAACUAAUCUCAGGAGCUCGGACUGAGGGUACUAUUUGGAUUCGAUCCCGUCUCAGAAGCCGAUCUUAGGACACUGAAGACUCGAUCCCAAGAUCACAGACUGAUCCCAGGACAACAAGGACUGGAUUCAGGGAUCAGGAACUGAUCUCCAGAUCACCCACUGAUCCCAGGAGGAGCUCCAGUCCUGGGCACUAGAGUUGAGAUCGAUAAUCCAGGAUUGGGUCCUGAGGAAGAAACGGAAGAUGGAAGUUUAUUUGUGCCAUCCGGUGCUGAAAGCUUUCAUGUGUGGCUCUCUGAGUGGGACUUGUUCGACAUUGCUGUUCCAGCCCCUUGACCUGGUGAAGACCCGUCUCCAGACUGGGCAGAGUUCAGUGAAUGGAUCUGGGCGAGUUGGAAUGAUUACAGUCUUGCUGAAUGUUAUACGAACUGAACGAAUUCUCGGAUUAUGGAAAGGAGUCUCUCCGUCGUUUGUCCGCUGUAUUCCUGGAGUUGGGAUUUACUUCAGCAUGCUGUACUCUAUGAAGCAGCAGUUCUUCAGCGAGAGAAGCCCAACAGCGCUGGAGUCGGUGGGUUUGGGUGCCAGUGCUCGUACAGUGGCGGGCAUCUGCAUGUUGCCUGUGACCGUGGUGAAGACUCGAUAUGAGAGCGGGAAGUAUCGGUACGAAAGUGUGUUUGGUGCUUUGAGAAACAUCUAUAAGACGGAGGGUACACGAGCACUGUUCAGCGGACUAACGGCUACACUCCUUCGCGACGCCCCCUUCUCAGGGGUUUACCUGAUGUUUUAUACACAGACCAAGAAAGCCUUGCCUGAAGAGCGGUUCGAUACACCACUUGUCCCUCUGAUCAACUUCAGCUGUGGCAUCUUUGCUGGCAUUCUGGCAUCUGUGUCGACGCAGCCAGCUGAUGUUAUAAAAACGCACAUGCAGCUUUCCCCCCAAAAGUACCGACGUGUCAGACACACCGUAAUAUUUAUAUUUGAGAACCAUGGCAUGGUGGGCUUUUUCCGGGGUGCUGUUCCCCGGUCAUUGCGUCGAUCACUUAUGGCUGCCAUGGCCUGGACAGUUUAUGAACAGAUGAUGACCAAGUUGGGCCUCAAGUCAUGAGAUCCUAGGCUGAUAAAUUAAGGACUGUUUGGAAAUGGAGGGGAGGAUCUUCCUGUCAGUUGAAAAUUUUGCUACUGGAGACUUCACUGGGACUGGAGGCUUUGAAAGUGAACAGUGGUUCCUUUUAUUUUGGUUUCAAAUAAUUUGCUUCAUAGAAGAGCACUGUUUGAAUCUGUGCCAAAGAGCUCUUGGUAAAUGUAUGCACAUAGCUACAAAUUCCAUGUGUUCUGUAACCUCCUGACGUCUGUGCUGUUCCCCAAGGUUAUGUAACAGGCAGAUGAAACCUGUUUUUAACUUUGGACUCAAAUUUGACCUUUUCCUCAUUAGUUGGCACUUUUCAGAGCUCUGGCCCUGGGCCAGUGGAAACUAAGCAGUAAGUCAGAUUGUAUUAAAAUGGUCGAAACUUAACUUGCUCAACAGGAGCUGAGCACGUCUCCUGUUGAUGUAAUAUUGAGGGUAACUUCCAGUUAACUGAAGAACUGGGGAAAAAUUAUGGUUAGCCCCCUUUAGGAUAAGGUGCAAGAACCCUGAGCUGCCCAUUUCAGUUAACGUUUUGUGACCUUCACAACCUGAAGCACAUUCGCUCAUAUUUCCUGAAAGGAAAGGGUGAAUAUACCACCCUUUGCCAUUCUGUGUGAGCACAGAAGUUGCUUGUCUAUUCAGGUUCAGAAAUAGGAGUUUUCUGCUGUUGGCCUCAGUGACUGUGCUGUAUGGAAAUUGAGUCAAAUCCUCCCCUGAUCCAGGCAUUUGGGGGCAGAAAAUGGCAUGAGUAGCUGUGAUGCCAUCCAGUGUUUGAAUAGCCAGUAAUAUAUUCAACUUUCCAAGCUCAGUCGGCUUCGUUGAAUUCCAGUAAGCCAAGGACGGUUUUACCACAUGCAGCCAUAUUUGUCUAAAUAUCAAAUGAUUGCUGGAUUAUUAAAAACAACUACCUUUAUCCCCAUACAAUGAUCACACUAACUUUUCUGGAUGAGUGUCUGUGCAGCUGCAAACACUGCAGGAACAUGGCAGUCCAGGAAGGUUAAAAUUAAUUACAGUUUUUCUGAGAGGAAGGUUAGAAUUAUAAUUAUUUCUUUAUGAUUCACAUAAGGUUAGUUAAUUUUGGAGUAUUCUGAAAUCUGCUGGCUUAAUCUGUAAAGGUUUCAGUUUGACGUAGAUUGGAAAUUUGUACAGACUCAUGACCUGGAAUCUGAUUUACCCAGACUUGAUGCCAGCACAGGGAGGCUGGGUUUGAUAUUGGCACUGUGGCACUACUCUGAUUUUUGACAAGUUUUGGGAGCAACCAGAUUCAGGAACUACAGAUCUCCUUGUAGCCGAGUGCCACAUUAUGCCCAGAACCCAAUAUAUAGAAAAACAAACAAACUUUCAACCUAUUGAUUUUUUUUUCUCUGUAUUUCUUGCCUUCUGAGUACAUCUAUGAACUUGGACUUUUGGAAAGACCUGUAUCUCAGUGCUGAUAUUUGAUUUUAUUUUAUUUUGGAGGCAGGGAAUAAAUCCUAAAUCCAAAAAUUAUAUCUGUGGAAGCUGGAAAUUGAUAGGAAAAUUGGAUUUAAACAUUUUAUUCCAUGCAUUGCAAAAUUCAGGGUGCAACUUGAAGAAACAUUUGAACAAAAAAAAGCUUGAUUCACCAAAGAUUUUGAUGCUUUUGGAUUCUUCAUUAAUGCUGCCUAUCAGGUUAAUUCCCUCCUUGGAUAUUGGACGGGAGCUGGAAUCUUUGGUUUACUGUGGGACAGCUUUGGAUUUUCUAAUCCUUCAUUUGAAGUUGCUGCACCAACUCCCUCUUGCCCACAGAUUCAGCUGUACCCACCCACAUGUUGUGCAGAAACUGUGAAGUUAGUAAGCUGCAAGAACGAACCUGAAUCUCCAUGAAGUUUCAGUAGAGAUCAGCUCAGCCAUGACACACACACAUGGUUCCUCAUACAGACACUCCUCAAAUACAUCUCUCCCUCUGUCAUUUUCUAUGAUUAAUUUUGGCGUUAAAUGCUAUUAUCAAUACAGUAACAGUAAUUGUAGGUUUACAAAUACUGAAUGUGCAAUAUACGUCUCUGGGCCAAUACAGAGAUCUGUAUGAAUUGUUUAGUGCUAAUGGAUGAAAGUUAGGAGACACUGCAUUUUCACAGUAUCAGAUUUUUAAAAGAACUUGCUCUUUUUAAAGCCCCUGAUUGUUUUUCUUGCCUCUCGCUUAUUUAAAUGGAACCUAAUGCUCACAGCAUUUGCUGCCUUUCUUCAGAUACCACCAGAGAAACUCACUCUGUGUCAGAUGGAAGAACAACAGAGAAAUGAGUGUCCUGCAGCAGAGAGAGAAAUGUAACAAUGUCUGUCCAUAUUCUUCCCUCUGACAAUAUAUUGGGCAUUGCCAAACCAUCAGAGCUUAAAGUUGCUCUACAGUCUGGUGAACAGUUUAUACUGGACUCAGUGGGAGAGGUAAGAGAUCAGCAUUGAUCUCUCUAGCUGCCGGCAGUUUAGUGUAACUCACUAAUUCCUCUGUCUUGUUAGGUAAAUGCACCAUGUUGCACAGGACAGGGCAUUCUGAGAUUCAUUCUGUCAGAUCGGUCACUGAAGGGUGACGGGGCAAAGUCCAGUGCUGAUCAUUUGUUUGAUAAGCUUGCAGGAAAGUGCAACUCUGUGUAAGCUUGGAUUUGUUUGUGCUGACUGAAGGCUUCCAGCAUUCAUGAGUUGAGCUAACUGUUUGAAUAGUUGUCUUUUGGGUGUGAAAUUUGAGGGCUUUUCUAGCUUGAAUCUCAGUGAGAGUCAGUAGAGGGAGGGGAGAAUAUUGAUCUGGCAGCGUGCAGUUUAUACAUUGCAGUGUGAUUCUGCUAAUCAGCACUACACACCCCUGUCAAAGGCAAAUUUAAAUUGUGCAAGGUGGAACAUGAGCUUGAUUUUUUUUUAAAUCCUCUGUUCUCCUAUGGGGACAGACGCGCCUACCCUUAAGAUUCUGUCAAAACUGCCCUUUAACCAGCUAGUACAAGAUGUCAUUAAGUGACUCCUUGUUCCUUUUUUCCUUCCUCUCUGGGAAAGCAUACUCUAGGGUGACCCAACACCAAAGGGCAGGAUCACAAGAACAAAAGAUAAUGAUUUUGACCUGUUGGCACUUUCUGCCAGAAUAUUUAGAAUGUAUUGCUGCAAAGGCAGGUCUUCUGAUUGCUGUCAGUCAGUAAGUCAGUUUGUUUCAAUACAAGGCAUGGUAACAAGCAAAGCUGAAACUUCCCAUAAAAAUGUUCUAAAUGAAAAUUCUUCUGCGCUGCAAUUGCCUCUGCUGUCUGCCAACUCUUAAGAAAUAUAGCUGAUCACAGUUCCUCGUUUUGAUGGGAUCUGUCUUGUGGGAAACCUUGCAAGAGUUUUAUUUAAGAACAGUCUGCAUUGGAAAGGCUGAGUGAUCAUACGCUGAAUAAUAUGCACUUUUAAUUAAAUGAGUGUAAAAAUGAUAUUGUUGAUAUUGCUGAACAUUGACUAUGAAAGUUUGAAAUGGUGCUCAAAUUCAUGUUAUUGACCCAGCUAAAAACAUGUAACUAAAAUUUAUUUAAUUGGGAUCAAUAAAAUUUGAUUUGUUUUAA